CCCAUACAUAUAAUAUAAUAAACUGUGGCAUUUCACUCACUUUAUAUAUAUAGGGAGUAGCACUGCCCCAUGUCAAAUACUAUCAUUCUCACUCACAGCUGCUUUCCAACAUUAUAAGAUAUCUGACGGAUCUUAAGGCCAAAAUGUCUUGGGAUGACGGAACGCACGCGAAGGUGAAUAGAGUCCAGCUUACGUUUGAUGACGUCAUCAGAUCUAUCGAGGUGGAAUACGAGGGCACCAACGUUCAGCCCCAGCGUCGUGGCACCGUUGGCACCAACUCUGACGAAUUUACACUGAGCUCAGACGAGUUCAUAACGCGUGUGGCUGGUUACUACCGAACGACUUUCUCCGGAGACGUUAUAACGGCGUUAUUGUUUAGGACGAACAAGAAGACCUAUGGGCCUUAUGGAAACCUAACACGAAACUUCUUUUCUGCUGACGCACCGAGAAACAACCAAAUCGCUGGAUUUCUAGGAAAUAGUGGAAGUGCACUCAACUCCAUCAACGUUCAUUUUGCUCCCAUUCCUCCCCCUGGUAGCAUUAAACCAAAACCUGUUGGCCCCGGAACAGGCGACGCUGGAAGCGGUCAACCUGCUAGCCCAGGAACCGGUGAUGCGGGAGGUGGUCCAAAACCUGGUGGUCCCGGAACCGGUGAAAACGGAGCCGGCACUAAACCUAGUGGUCCCGGAACCGGUGAAAACGGAGCCGGCACUAAACCUAAUGACCUUGGAACCGGGGCAGAUGGAGAAGGUACUAAACCUGGUGGCUCUGGAACCGGCGAAGACGGAGCCGGUACAAAACCUGGUGGCCUUGAGACAGGAGAAGACGGAGCCGGUACUAAACCUGGUGGCCACGGAACCGGCGAAGACGGAGCUGGUACUAAACCUGUUGGCUCUGGAACUGGUAACGAUGGAGGCGGUCCUAGACCUGUUAUCCCUGGAAAGAUGGGACCCCUUGGUGGUGACAAGGGAAAUGAAUUCGACGAUGUUGGUUUUGAUGGUGUGAAGAAAAUAACUGUGGGAGCAGAUGAAUUCAGUGUAACUUAUAUCAAGAUCGAAUACAUAAAGGACGGAAAAGUUGAAAUACGUGAACACGGGACUAAUCGCGGGCAACUAAAAGAGUUUUCGGUGGAUUAUCCAAAUGAUAACAUCGUGGCCGUUGGUGGAAGCUACGAUCAUAUUUUCACAUAUGAUACAACGCUUAUCACAUCGCUAUACUUCACAACCUCCAGGGGUUUUACCUCUCCAUUAUUCGGUGAGAAGACAGGAACAGAUUUCGAGUUCCAAGGUGAAAAUAAAGGAAAGCUUCUCGGGUUCCAUGGACGUGCUGGGCAUGCUAUUGAUGCCAUCGGAGCUUACUUCCACACUGGUUCACAAGGUGGCCAGGGAGCUGGUUCACAAGGUGGCCAGGGAGCUGGUUCACAAGGUGGCCAGGGAGGUGACCCCGGAAAAGGUGGUCCUAGACCUGUUGUCCCCGGAAAGAUGGGACCCUUAGGUGGUGCCAAGGGAAAUGAAUUCGAUGAUGUUGGUUUUGAUGGUGUGAAGAAAGUAACUGUGGGAGCAGAUGAAUUCAGUGUAACUUAUAUCAAGAUCGAAUACAUAAAGGACGGAAAAGUUGAAAUACGUGAACACGGGACAAAUCGCGGGCAACUAAAAGAGUUUUCGGUGGAUUAUCCAAAUGAUAACAUCGUGGCCGUUGGUGGAAGCUACGAUCAUAUUUUCACAUAUGAUACAACGCUUAUCAAAUCGCUAUACUUCACAACCUCCAGGGGGUUUACCUCUCCAUUAUUCGGUGAGAAGACAGGAACAGAUUUCGAGUUCCAAGGUGAAAAUAGAGGAAAGCUUCUCGGGUUCCAUGGACGUGCUGGCUAUGCUAUUGAUGCCAUUGGAGCUUACUUCCACACCGGUUCACAAGGCGGUGAGGGAGGUGACCCCAGCAAAGGUGGUCCUAAACCUGUAGUACCCGUAAAGAUGGGACCCCUAGGUGGUGACAGGGGAAACGAAUUCAACGAUGUUGGUUUCGAUGGUGUGAAGAGAGUAGCUGUGGCAGCUGAUGAAUUCAGUGUAACCUACAUCAAGAUCGAAUACGUAAAGGAUGGAAAAGUUGAAAUCCGUGAGCACGGGACAAGUCGAGGGCAAGUAAAAGAGUUUUCGGUGGAUUAUCCAAAUGAUAACUUCACGGCAGUUGGUGGAAGCUACGAUCAUAUAUUCACAUAUGAUACAACACUUAUCACAUCAUUAUACCUCACAACCUCAAGAGGAUUUACCUCUCCUUUAUUCGGUGAGAUGAAGGGAACAGAAUUCGAGUUCAAAGGUGAAAAUGGAGAAAAGCUUAUUGGAUUCCAUGGACGUGCUGGUCAUGCUAUUGAUGCUAUUGGGGCCUACUUCGACACUGGUUCUAAACCGGGCGGCGACUCAAACAGUGGAAAAGGAACUGACAGCGGUUCUAGUACUAAAGACAGUGGAAAAGGAACUGACAGCGGUUCUAGUACUAAAGACAGUGGAAAAGGAACUGACAGCGGUUCUAGUACUCAAGACAGUGGAAAAGGAUCUGACAGCGGUUCUAGUACUCAAAGACUGGAGGCACAAGGAGGCAAGGGAGGCAAUCAAUGGGAUGACGGAGGCGAUUACGACGGUGUGACAAAGAUACAUGUUGCAGUUGGUCGAGGGAUUGAGCAAAUCAGCUUCGAGUAUGUCAAGAACGGACAGACAAAGGAAGGACCCGCCCGUGGUGUGAGGGGAAGGAGAUCUACCAUUGGAACGUUUGAGAUAAGUCAUCCCAACGAGUAUCUUAUUUCCGUGAAGGGUUGGUCAGAUUCAUCCAACAAAAUUGCGGGAAUUCAAUUCAAAACCAACACAAAGACUUCAAAGUAUUAUGGAUUUGAAAAACUUCCUGGAGAAGAAAGUACAGACAUUUUACUUGAAGUGAAAGACAAGAAGAUCGUCGGUUUUCAUGGCUUCGCGGACUCUCACGUCAAUGCUCUUGGAGCUUAUAUCGCUCCAGCAGCCAACUGAAAACUUUGUUGGGUUUGUUUCUUGCUUUCCGUGUGAAUAAAGUUACAUCAGAGUCAUACUUGUGGAUUUGUCACUUCGAGCAGGGCCGGCUUAGGCAUAGGGGCAAGGUCCACAAUUUACUUGAGCCGGCCCUGACUUCGAGGUGGCAUGGGCUAUGUUUUUUGUUUGUGUCUCAGUGUAACUUUUGUGUUUCAGUGUGAUGUUUGUGUAGUCACUUGUAGGGUUUGUUUCUUGAUUUUCUUAUAAAUAAAGGAUGUGUCUGUUUAUUUUCA